CCAUGUUUCCUUCUCGACCUGUCGGCUACCUGUCACGUACAGUACAAAAAGACAGACGGGACUCUCGCUACAGUGUCCUACCCUGUCCCGACCUACAGCCUGGCUGACGGAUAUUGCAGCACUAAGCAAGACGAAAAGCUAUCCGCGAUUCAACUGAGUUUCGGUGACCGAGUACCGGGGCAUGGUUUCAAUGGGACUUUUGCGCUGAUAUUAAGGUUUCAGCGGGACGCUCCCGUCAUGACGCACUUCUGGUUGAAUGAAGUGUACAGCAUCCAUACUCUGUCACCAGGACUGUUUCCUGACGCAAAGUUUCCCAACCUGCUCGAACACAGGUACGACUUUGGAACCUAUCUCAAAACGACUGCCUUCUUGUCUCCACGUUCCUACCUGUGCAAGAGAGACAAUGUAUUUUUCUUAGAUCGAAACGCCGAAGAGUUUCCGUUAAACGUUACCAUACACUACAUUCAUGUUCACCGUUCGAGGUUCAUGAUCGGGGAGGAAAGUUCGCCCAAACAGAGGAAUGUCCACAGGACUUUCAAAGUACAACAGAACCACCAUUAACGACAACCGGACCCUACCCGGUCACUACCAACACACUGGUCAUCCCAGUCGGCCAUUUUGUUUUGGAAGACGACAAAGGUCAGGCUUGUUUGUUAGCAAACUUUGGUGCCAUGUUUCGUGUGGAGUAUGAACUGAUUCAGGGAAUGACGCGCAACACCACCUACGUGCUUCCAGAAAACUGUACCGUAUCUGGCUUUUGCGAAGAGGAAACUGCUACCGUGACAUUGAGUUUUGAUACAGCUUUCAAUUUAAGCGCGUCUUUCUCGUCAGAUGACAAGACAUUUAAGCUGGUGUCAUUAUCAGUGGGAUACACAAGAAGCGCAGCUCACUUCCCACAUGCCCUCUACCCAGAUACAAGCAAUAUUGAAGAAUUAACGAACUUGACACUAUUGGAAACUAAUGCCGGGAAGUCGUAUCUUUGCAAGGAGCCAGAAGUGAUCAAAGUAGGUCCACAUGUUACACUCGAAGUUUUGGAGCUACAAAUCCAGCCUUUUGACGUCAAAAAUGGAACCUUUGGUGAAGCAAAUGAGUGCAACAAGGAUCAUUCGUCUACAAUCGCCCCUUUUCCCACCAAUGCCAGUUUCACCAUUGUGCCGGCGUCAUCCAUUCUACCGACCAACCGUACAAACACUACAACAAACAUGCCGACACUACCGCCCCCUAUCGGUCCUACAGAACCACUGCAGGGUAACUACACAGUGCACGAUUCUGAAGGGAAAGUCUGCCUUCUGGCAGACAUGGGCCUACAGCUCAGAAUCAACUACACAAAACAAAACGGACAGAUUGCUACAGGUGUUGUCAACGUGCCCGUGAACUCUGAAGUGUCUGGUAAAUGUUCCGAAUCCCACUCAUCGCUGACUCUUGCAUUCUAUGAUGCAACAUUUAACUUGACCAUCUCGUUUGCCAUGCACAAAAAAGACGGGGACCCAGACACCUAUCAGUGGACAGGCCUUUACCUCUCAUAUGUAGAAGCGCCCUCUAUCUUUCCGGGAACGCAACAUCCAAACAAGCCGAGACUGAUAUCUAAUACCAGUGUCCAUCUGUUUACCACUGGCGUCGGUAAGUCAUACAAAUGUAAGGCAGACGUCAAUGCGACAGUAACGAAGGACAUGACAAUACUUGUCCGUCGGGUUCAUCUGCAAUCUUUUGGUGUAAAGUAUGGGCAGUUUUCAGCUCCAGAAGAAUGCGUUGAGGACUCCAGUGGGUCAGUGGAUAAAACAGUAAUAAUAGUUGUUGGGAUUGUUCUGUUUAUCAUAGCUCUAUGUGUAGCUGUUGCUGGUGUUGUUGGUAAGAGGAAAGAACACAAGAUGUACAUUCGUCUGCCAUCAUUGUUGGAUUAAUAUGUUUUACCUGGCGAUCUUGAAUUAUAGUAAUG